AUGGUGUCCGGAACACCCCCCAACCCUUCGUCAUAUGACGCAUGCUACAUCGAUUCACGCCGCGCGUUCAUUUCUGACUACCUCGAGUACGUUGGUAGCGAUGCGGUUGCCAAAUGGGAUGACUGCCUCAAGAUGGCCUUCGAGCAAGUCAUGGAGAGCCUCGAAGACAGAGGCCGUAAACGGGUCAGCCACGACUGGCUAGAGUAUGAAGCAGAUCGUGUCGCCUGGCAAAAGCUCUUCAGCGAAAUCGCCACCGAAGCUGUCGAAUGGCCCUUCACCAUACCAUCCAAGUUUGAUGCACCCAACAAGAUCGCAGAGGGUAUCUCGCCAACGUAUCAGAAUUGGCGUCUGGCCCGUGGACUCCGUGUAUGCGACGUCGAUCGUCGAGAUAAGCCGGAAGUGCCGUCUCUGGAACAGCGAAACCACGUCUGGAAUAACGAUCCAUACUAUCCCCGUGAAAUGGUGGCUCCCAUCACUGGUCCAUUCCAGAUCGCACUCCCACUCUGGAUCGAUCUCUACAACCUUGUUUUUGGGGAACACAAUCAGCUCCUUGAAGAAAUCAACAACGAAAUCGUCCCCCCUCACCUGGAGAUCUCAUGGAUUGACGACGACCAAGACUGUAUCACUUUGGUUGUUGGAUUCAGCCGUACCACCUGCGUCAACCCUGGUAGCGAGGGGAUCGCUGAUACGAUCAGAUGCCUUUGGCAGUCCGUCGUCGACUGGGCGAUUGAAGCCUACUACGGCGGGACAAUGUCGCUAGCGACGUUUCUUCGCGUGCGUAAGGCCAUGCCUGUCGUUCACAGCCGUUCCUACCACAGCAGCCGGGGGUUGACCUCCAUGACCAGCAGUGCAUAUGCCGAAGUCCAAUCCGAGGCACUGUAUUCCAUCAGGAACGCGCAUGAGAAGCGAAAUUUCAUCGCAGAGUGCCGUGCCGAGAUUUUGGAGAUUGUUGAGAAGCCCCUGGCCGAGGCCAAGACCGAACUUAGCCGCUGGGUUCUCCGUGGAUACUCAUCGGAGGUUGACGAUCGAGUUCGAGUGGCACGAGAGAUCUGGGUGUCUAGUACCACAGAUGAGAGAACCAUUCAGGAAGCGUUUGUCUGGUCGUGGGGCCCGCAUGACAUGGCGACCAUCUCCGUCGAGAACCCUUCCGCCGAGAGCUCCUUCGCCGACAAUGACUCUUCUACCGAUGAGUAG